CUGUAUUAUUUUACCAUUCCACUCGUCCUCUUUUCUUACUCUUUCACUCUUUCUCUCUCCACCCCUCUGUGAAUUCUCUCUCAGGCUCAACAUUUUACCAUGGGAAAAGAAUUAGAAGAAGCCAUUGCUUAUAGAUCGCAUGAGCUGGGGCUCUGCAUUGGCCUGCUCUUUGUUUUUUGUCCAUAAUGGUUCUGUGGCUUGAACUCCAGCUUUACCGACAUUGGUUGGUAUGAUUUUGUCUACAUUGGAGAGUUCAUCUCUUGCUCCAUCCGGUUUAUUUCGCUUAGUCCAUUGAAAAUAUUUUCUAUCGCUAUGCGCGUCUCUCUCUCUUACUAUACAUGUAAAGUAGCCUGGCUACUUUGCCCUAGCUUGUGAAGAGCACGAAAGAACCCCAAUGGGUCGGUGGUGGAAGUUUGUUUCUCGGGUUCUCUUCCUCGGACUUAUUCUUUUUCUGUGGAUUCAUGGAUUCAAAGGUGCAUGUUGAAAGAUGAAGCCACCCCCUUAUGAUAUUGGAUGGGGACGCUGUACCCGUGUACGUUAAAAGGAAAAUGAUAUUGAAAAGAAAAAUGAAAUGGAAAUGGUGUAACUUAAUCAAAAUGAGAAGAAGAAAUAAAAAUGCAUAUCGUAGACGUCAUGCAACCAACGAGAGGCCGUUCAUUUUAUGAAUUGAAAAGAAAAUUAUCCGCUACAUAUAAGCCAUUCUUUUAUCAACCUCCAGAUGUGAGUGAACGUCAUGAUCCCAAAAGAGUAGCUGCUGUUCCAUCUCACCAACGAACAUAUAAGAGACCAAGAAAUGUAGCCUUUUUGCCGCAUCGUCAUUUUCAUCCUCUGCCAAACUCUCCAGUCGUUGGUCCUGUGGUUGCUCCAGUUCCUUCUCUUUCUCAAGUGGCAUUUCCACCUGAUAGACUAAGGAAUCAUGGUUCACCAUACCACAACAAAGGACCAACCAGUUCUGCUCCUGCUCAAACUUCUAGCUCUUUCAAAGGGAAACGACAGCCAUCUUUGCCACAACCUGUUCAAGCAUUGCCACUUGCACCUCCUAAUGUUGGAUGUAUGCCGUUAACCUGCAGAAAUCCUCUAACCAAUAGCCCUGCAGGAUCUCCAUGUGCCUGUGUUUUGCCAAUUAGAGUGGGGCUACAAUUGGAUGUUGCACCAUACACAUUCUUUCCCUUGGUCUCUCAACUUUCUCAGGAAAUUGCAUCAGGAGUUUUUAUGAAUCAAAAUCAAGUACGUGUCAUGGGAGCAAACGCUGCCAAUGAGGAGCCUGACAAGACAAUCAUUUUCAUUAAUUUGGUUCCAUAUGGAAUCCUGUUUGACAAUACUACAGCACUUUUGAUAUAUGAGAAGUUUUGGAACAAAAAUUUUUUCAUUAAAGACACAAUUUUCAGGGAUUAUGACGUAUUAUAUGUUCUCUAUCCAGGUCUUCCUUCAUCUCCGCCAAUGGCAGCUGGAAGAUUUGGAAUAAACAGCAAUGGGAGAGCAAUAAACCCUCUUGCAGUUGAUAUAAGAGAACUGAAGGAAAAACAACAUAAGGAACUAAAGACUCUCGUCAUUUUAUCAUCAGCCACAGCUCUUGUUCUGUUUGUUGGAGCUGUACUCUUUCUGUUCUUAAAAUGCAGAUAUUAUCAACAUGCCACUGCUACUCAACAGAAUUCAUUAAACUCAUUAGGAAUUACAUCAACUAUAUCUAAAAUGAAAUCAUUUUCCGAGUCAGCAACACUCACCUCCAGCAUUAUACCACAUGUUGGAUUUGCCAAAACAUUCAGUAUAGCUGAGAUAGAAAAGGCUACAAACAAAUUUGAUGCUUCAAGAAUCAUUGGUGAAGGUGGUUUUGGGCGUGUCUAUGAAGGCAUUCUCUUAGAUGGAACACCAGUUGCUGUGAAGGUUCUGAAAAGAUAUGAUCAGCAUGGCAAUCGUGAAUUCCUUGCAGAGGUUGAGAUGCUUUGUCGCUUGCACCAUAGAAAUUUGGUUAAGUUGGUUGGCAUAUGCACAGAGGACUAUAUCCGGUGUCUAGUAUAUGAACUGGUUCCGAAUGGAAGUGUGGAAUUUCAUUUGCAUGGAGCGCACAGGAAAUCGACCCCACUUGAAUGGAAUUCUAGGAUGAAGAUUGCUUUAGGUGCAGCGCGCUGUUUGGCUUACCUACAUGAAGAUUCAAACCCUUGUGUUAUACACAGGGAUUUCAAAUCCAGUAAUGUCCUGCUGGAAAACGAUUUUACCCCAAAAGUUUCUGAUUUAGGCUUGGCCAGAACAGCUCUGAAUGGAGGGAAUGAGCACAUCUCAACUCAUGUUGUUGGAACCUUCGGUUAUGUGGCACCUGAAUAUGCAAUGACUGGGCAUCUUCUUGUUAAAAGUGAUGUUUAUAGUUAUGGUGUUGUCCUCCUUGAGCUCCUCACAGGCAGGAAGCCAGUUGAUAUAAUGCGACCUCCUGGGCAGGAAAAUCUGGUCACUUGGACUCGCCCACUUCUUGCAAGUAAAGAAGGUAUUGAGACUAUAUUAGAUCCAUCUCUUGGUUCUGCUGUUCCAUUUGACAGCAUUACGAAAGUAGCAGCAAUUGCUUCCAUGUGUGUUGAAGCUGAAUUUUCUCAACGUCCAUCUAUGGGUGAGGUUGUUCAAGCCCUAAAAUUGGUCUACCAUGAGAGUAAUGAUCAUUUAGGAUAUGUCAGUUGUAAUUAUGAAGACUUCACAAUAUUUCAUUCAGAAUCUAACGCUGCAUCUGGGAUAAAUUUUCGAGCAGAAAGUGCAUUUCCAACUGCAUUCAAUAAUUCAUCCAGAUUCAUAGGAUUUGCUUCUGGUUCCUUCCGAAGGCUUUCAAGCUCUGGUCCAUUGAGGACUGGUAGGAUUUGGAAAUUUUGGCCAUGGUUCAAGACAAAUUCUGCAGGGGGUGUGAGUGAGCAUGCGGUUGCAAUUGGAUAUAGCAGAGGAAUGAAAUCUGGUGAAUUUUGGUCGUGACAAAAUGUCUCAUAUGAAAUCUCAAUACAACUUCCUACAGGAAUUGGUAUUUUCUGUUGCUUGAUCUUUAAGAUUCAUGAGAUCUGAUUUAACUGCUCUGCUGCAUUUUAUUUUAUUAUGCCAAAUGGGUUUUAAACAGGAGCUCCUGAGCUCGGACUUGUCAUUUGCACCUUGAAUGAAUAAGUUGGCGUAUAUUUAUGAUCUUACUCUUCCAGUUUUAAGAUUAGAAAUUGUUCUUGAACUCUUGUAAAUCUACUCUUCUACAGAAGUUAAAUUUUGUUCUCAUACAUUUGUUA